AACUGAUAACAAGAAACCUGUUCGGUAAUAUAAGCCGUUGGAUAUCUUCACGUGUUGCUACGUCAUUGCUACGAACUCAACCUCGGUGCUCGCGAUAUUUCAGUGAGAUGCAGGUGCAAAGAGUCGUUCUUAACUCACGACCAGGUAAAAACGGGGCGCCAGUUCCGGAAAAUUUCCGCCUGGAGGAGAUUACUUUAGCACCUGACCUGAAAGAUGGGGAAGUUCUUGUUCGGACGCUUUAUCUUUCAGUCGACCCUUACAUGCGAUGUAGAAUGAAUGAGGACACCGGUGCUGAUUACCUGACUCCAUGGCAGAUUUCCAAGUGCGUGGAUGGUGGAGGUGUGGGACUGAUUGAUUCCAGCCGCUGCAAUAAUUUUGCUGCGGGAGAUGUGGUCAUUUCAUUCAACUGGCCUUGGCAAACCCAUGCUGUUAUGACCGGAAGUGACUUACAGAAGGUUGAUCCACAGCUGGUUGAUGGACAUUUGUCCUACUUUUUGGGUGCAGUUGGAAUAACAGGUCUCACUGCCUUACUGGGUAUCAGAGAGAAGGGUCACAUAACCAAAAGAGCCAAUCACACGAUGGUAGUAAGCGGCGCAGCUGGUGCCUGUGGUUCCAUAGCUGGGCAGAUUGGCAGGUUGGAUGGAUGUGUGAGAGUGGUGGGGAUCUGUGGUUCUGAUGAGAAGUGUAAAGCUAUAGUGGAAGAUUUGGGUUUCUCCACAGCCAUCAACUAUCACCUGGAAGAUGUCCCGACGAGGCUUAAGGAGAGCUGUCCUGAUGGCAUUGAUGUUUACUUUGACAACGUAGGGGGUGCCAUUAGUGAUGCUGUUAUAGCACAGAUGAACAACGGCAGCCACAUAAUCCUGUGUGGUCAGAUCUCACAGUAUAACAAGGAUGUGCCAUAUCCACCACCUCUGAGCGAGGAGACUCAGAAGAACCUGCAAAGUAAAAAUAUCACCCGGGAACGUUUUACGGUGCUAAACUAUAUGAGCAAAGCAGACGCUGCCCUGUGUGAGCUGAGCCAGUGGAUUAAAUCAGGUCGAAUCAAGGUUCUGGAAACUGUGGUGAAUGGUAUAGAGAAUAUGGGAGAUGCAUUUUGCUCUAUGAUGAAAGGCGGAAACAUUGGCAAGCAAAUCAUAAAAAUAUCCCACUGAAGAAAAUCACCAGUGUUUCCAGUGGAGGCUGCGCUCUCACCACUCACCAUGGGAAAUUAACCUUACUGCUGCCUGUUAUCUCUGCCAUUAAGUUACUUAAUGAGCUGCAGUCAAAAUAUUGCGCUGAUUAACCGAGGCCAGCUAAUUGCAACUGAAUUAUAAAUAAUAAAAUCUAGCAAUCGAACAAGU